AUACGUUUGUGCUUGCGUGUGUGCGUGUGCGAGGGAGAGAGAGCACGAGAGCGAGACACGCACACACAAGUACACAUACAUAUACACACACACACACACACACACACAGAACGCGUGAGCGGCUCACACAGGAGGGUUGGAAGACAGAGAGGAUAUCUUGCGAGGAUGGAGUGCUUGUGAUAGAACCGAGUAUGUGUGCGUGCGUGCGUGCGUAUGUGUGUAUGCGCGCGUACAUGCAUGCCAUUGUGUCUCAAUUGUAUCUGGGGGAAAGAGGCAGAGGAGGCGGGAAUUAGAGAGGGAGGGAAAGAGGCCAGGAGGAGAAGAAGGAGAGGAGGAGGUUCUUGCAGCCUGUGUACUUAGCGUCUGCUACGCACAGCGCGUGCUUCUUUACCGUGUUAACUGUGUUUCAAUCAUUAAGCUUGAUCUCGAUUAUGGUGAUUUCGUAUUCAAGAGCAAGAUGUAGAGCGGUGGAAAAGCAAGGAGGAUCUCGGACCACUUGUCUGAACGGAGGUGCCGGUGGUGGCAGUCGGGAUCGCGGUGGACGUUUCCUGGACGGCGCGCAGCAGGCCCAGGUCUGUCUGCCAUCAUUCAUGCCGUUUUCUCCGCCCAGCAGACCGGCGAACCCUCUGAUUCAUGAUGCGCGGUUUCUGCAGAGGGAGAAGGUGGAUGACGAUGAAGUCGGGAUCGGGAGCCGACUGGAUGACUUGUUGUUGGAAGGGGGAGGGGUGGGGCUGCGGUGCCUGCGGCCGCGGUCGUGUACCCCAGCGGUACGGGUCGAGGGGUUUGGAGAGGGGGGGGGAGGGGGAAUGUUUUCCCAAUCGAAGGGUAGUGGUGGUAGUAGUAGUAGUAAUAGUAGUAGUGGCAAGUCGGUGGGGACCACAGAGUCUCAUCGACCGCGGUCCUUGUUCCUUGGGGGUAGUGGUGGUAGUAGUAGUAGUGGCAAGUCGGUGGGGACCACAGAGUCUCAUCGACCGCGGUCCUUGUUCCUUGGGGACCUUGUGCUUCGUCCCGCGAUUCGAGUGGCGGGAGGAUAAUUACGGUACGUGGAUAUUUUUGGAUAUACUAAGGUGAAUAUCCGAACUAUAAAAUCUGUACCUGUCCGGCUAAUUAUGAUUGAUACAUCGGGAUGAGGUCGUCAGCACCUUCAAUGACGAUUCGUCGAUUACAUGAGUGCAUCGGUUGUUGACGACGGCGAGAGAGAGAGAGAGAGAGAGAGCAGCGUCAUCUGGUAAAGUGGAAUAGACUGAAUGUGCGCGGAAGCGGCGGAGGCGAUGAAGAGAAGGGGCGGGGAGGGGCAGGAGAAGAGUCGGAGGAGGGUUCGGAUAGUGACGUGUGAUGCGCUGAGGAGCGGUUUUGUCUCUGAGAGAGAGAGAGAGAGAGAGCGCUAGGGGCAGGGAUGGUGAGUUCCGUUAAUGGAGUCUUGAUCGAGUUGGUGUCUUCUGAGAACUCGAGGACGAGCAGAGGAAAGCGGGUGCUCUUGGCAAUCAUGGGCAUACGCAGAGAGAUAGAGAUAGAUAGAUAGAUAGAUAGAUAGAGAGAGAGAGAGAGAGAGAGAGAGAGAGAGAGAGAGAGAGAGAGAGAGAGAGAAACGAAUGUGUCAGAGAAAUGUAUAUACGGAAGAUUUGUAUGUUGUUUGAAUCUGUCCGCUCGUAUUGAGUGGUCGAUUCUGUACUUGUAGAGAAGAUGGCUUUGUUGCAAGGCUGUCCUUCGAUUGUACAGAGAUGUGUGAGUUGGGCAUUUGACGAGAAAGGGAGUUCAAAAUUCGAAGAGAGAGUGUGAGUUGGCAAUUUGACGAGAGACGGAGAGGGGAGUUCACAAUUCGAAAACACACACACACACACACACACACACACACACACACACACACACACAGACAGACAGAGAGAGAGAGAGAGAGAGAAGUGUGGAGAAGACGAAGAUGUCCUGGUUAUCGAAAGGAGCGACGUGUCGUAUACAAAGAAGAAAGGUGGAGCGAGGGAGGGGAGGGAGGUGUUAGGAGGGGGAGGCGGUCGAGAAAUGCAGCCUGGACGGUCACGCUGGCCGAAGGACGCGUUGCGCUUCAAGCUCGCAGGAAACGAUUAACGUCACGGACAAGACACACACACACACACACACACACACACACAGAGAGAGAGAGAGAGAGAGAAGUUUAAUAAGCAAUUGUAGCGAAGAAGAACGGUGAUAAUUGGCACGUGGGCAUUUGAAGCUUUGUUGUUUGAUGUAGGUUGAAGCGUUCCACGCCCACGCGCGCUUGAAGGUGCGGUGUUUGUGACCACAAACAAGCACGAGUGCUAGCACUAGAAGAGAGUAGCGGAGUGCUAGCACUAGAAGAGUAGCGGGGAUGGGAGAUGGAUCGUUUUGGAGUGUAUCUGUGAUGGAGUCUCUUCUCGAUUUACAAGUGUAUCUGUUGUGGAGAAGAAGAUAUUUAUUCUCUGCUUGGAUAAGAAGAAGAGGUGAAUUUGCACGGUGCAAUGAUCAAAGAAAGCGCGGCGAAAGUAGGUCCAAAGGAAGGGGAUGGUGAUGGUGAUUACAGAAGAGAGGGGGAAGGAGAGGAGCAGCAGCUUGUGCG